AUGGAGGAACCAGUCCAUCCGUUACGACCUGAUUCAAGACUCCCAGAAGGGAAUUUUCACAAUGCCACCCCGCUUAUCGAAGAAGAGGCCUUCUUAUCGCCAGGGACAUUCUCCAGCGCCGACGACUAUGCGGCCAAUCCCAGAUUCCUCGAACUACAAGAAGAACUCCGCUGCGUACUUUUCUCAGCGGUCGCAAGCCUCGAGCCAGCAACAUAUACACCGCCAGCACCCCUAGAACAAACGGAAGGACCACAGCUCCGAGCCCCGCGCCAAAGCCUAGAUUUUACGCGGGUGAUCUCAAUUCCCAAAAUCAGACUAAUCUUCUACCUAAAAAACUGGAUCACCGAAUGCGCGCCCUACCUCGACAAAUUCGACGAGGCGCGCCAUUUCGGCGUCCACAUCCCCAUUUUAGCACAAGGCUCGCCAGCCCUGUUCUACGCGAUUCUGGCGUUCUCCGCACGGCAAACGGAGCGCAAAGCCUGUCUUGACAAAGCUUACGACAGUCUCGAGCUGUACCAAGAAUCCAUCCGACUCCUGGCGCCAUGUCUCCAAGCUAAAGAUCCCAAUGUCCUCGUGACAGUCUGCAUCCUCGCCGUGAUGGAACUAAUGUCCGUCAGCCCGCGUGACUGGCGACGUCACGUCGAGGGGUGUGCGGCGCUGUUCGACUCAUUCAACGUGAACGGGCUUUCGGGUGGACACCUUCAAGCAGUGUUUUGGUGCUACGCACGGAUGGAGCUGUGUGGAGCCAUCAUCUCCAACGGCGCAGAGAGCACCGUUCUUCCGCUGGAGAAAUGGGUUCCUGCCAUGCCACCGGGCAGCUCAAAGGAGGCACAGGAAGAUAUGAUCCGUGAUUUGUUCUGCGAGAAGGGCCACGCGUCGGCGGAUAUGCAUGCCAAUUGGGCGGUCUACUUGUGCGCUAAGACUUGCGACCUUUCCUGUCGGCGCACGCGGUUUCUGGAACUCGGCGAGGCGACCGAUGACCCCCGCCCAUUCUCCGAGCAGUGGAGUCGGCUCUGGGAAGAGUUGCAGUACUGGCUUGAGCAGCGCCUACCGGCUAUGCUGCCUAUCAAGACUACCGGGAUGGGUAAUGGGCAAAUCUUCCCGCAGAUCUUGUUUGCACAUUGGGCGGCUAUUUCUGGAAAUCAAUUAUAUCAUGCUGCGUCUAUUAUGAUGUUGGACAUGAGGCCGGUUGAGAUGGGGCCGCCUGCUGCUAAGCCGCAUUUCUCGGCUAUUUGGCAUGCCCGGAGGGUUUGCGGAAUUUCGUUGACGAAUCCUCACUCGGGCAAUUUGAUCAAUGCGAUUCAGCCGCUGUACAUUGCUGGAAAGUUGCUCAGUCAUCACAGUGAGCAUGUUGAGGUUGCCAAGCUAUUCAAAAUCAUCGAGCGCACGACGGGAUGGGGUGCGCUGUGGCGACUCAAAGAUCUCGAGAGAGCUUGGGGAUAUGAGCCCGGGGAGAUACUCGGCGUGAUCUGA